AUGGAAUAUCAAGUCGCAGACACCUCCAUCAGCCCUGCCGAGCUUGAAGCUGACUCACGCUGGGUCCGUGCCGUGAAAGCACGCCGUGCAGCCGCGGCCCACCAGCCCGUCGUCUCGCCACCGCCUGCCUCGCCACCAUCCAAGACUGCCUGCACUACCACUCUCCGUCGUCACGCUCCCCUACCUCGCCUCCCAGCGGAGGACUUCAAGAUCGUCUACAGACCGGGAGGAGGGCUUGACCUCCGCACAACCACUAACGGAGCCCUGCUCCAAACCCUUUGCACUCGUGCGACCAUCGACUACGCCAGCGCACGCACCGCCGACCGUGUACGGAUAAAUCCGUACAACUCCCUUACUGUCAGCACCCCAUCUGAACCGCGCGCUCGCCUCUACCUCCGAGUCUCGGAACUCCGCCUGGGUGCCAUAUCUUACCCCCUGCGUGCCUACAUGGCCGCACCCGACAACGCCCUCCGCGGUAUCAUACACAACGCAGUGGACUCCCAAACCCAGGACGAGAUCGUCCAAGACCUCCAGUCAAUGAACGUGAACACCCCCUACGCCAUCGCUGACGCACGCCAGAUGGGGCGCUCCCAAUCCAUCCUCAUCACCUUCGUCGGCACUUCUACUCUUCCCUCCACAAUCGUCUUCAACUGCGGGGUCUACCGCUGCCACCCGUUCCGCCCGAGAGCCGAGGCCUCGCGCUCGUGCGGGCUCCGGUUCGAGCGGAACGGCCCGUCAUCGCCCCCGGCCACCUCCAAGCACCAGCCUCCCCCACCAGCGCCACCCACCGUGCCCAUCCUCAAGACCCCCCGGCCUUCCCGUCCCCGCCACCACUCUGUCUCCCGUGGUGCCCAGUCUGCCAGCCGCCACCGCUCCGUCUCCUUCCCGCCUCUGCCUAGGUCCGAGGCGUCCACCGCCCCCGCCACCACCACCACAUCACCGGUAAGCUGGAAACCGCAGCCUCCCACGUCGGACCCCCAAACCGCGGCCCUCGAGGCCACUAUCGCUGCCCAGCAGCUCCAAAUUCAGGAGCUGUCGCGCCAGCUGCAGGCCGCGCUAGUGCGUCUGUCCUCCCCCGCUCCUCCUCCUACUUCCCCAGCUCCCGCACCUCCACAGCCGCCGUCGCUAGCUGUGGAGUCGAUGAAUACGGCAUCCUCGGCUGCAUCAUCGCGCGCCUCCUCUCCCAACCGCAGUCCCCCGCUCAAACGCCGAUCACCUUCCUCCGACCCCGUCGCGCCCGAGCGUGACGUGAUUCGCCAAACAACCUCCUUCUUGGAGGCGUUUGAGAAGCGCGUCAUGGCCCGCUUUGCGCGACUUGAGGAGCGCGUCGCCAGUAUCGACACCCGUGUGGCGGCCAUCGAAUCCCACCUUACCGCCCUAGACACCAGGGUCGCGGCCUUAGAGACCCGCCAAAGCGCCACUGAGGCCACCGUCGCACACCUGUCGCUCCCUGCCCCACUCACCCCGGCACCUACCCCAACUCUGUCGGGGGACUCCGCCAUCCAUCAUGGCCAGACACCCCACGCGCCUUAAUUUCUGGCAGUGGAACUGUCGGGGGUUCCGCAGCAAGCGGAACACCCUGCAGCUCCACCUCCAGAACAUCCCUCCCGACACUCUCCCCUCCGUCCUAGCACUCCAGGAACCCCUAACUCCCGUGAAACUGCGCGACUACACCU